AUGUCCGACCCGCCCUCGCUGCCGACGCCCUCUUCCCUCGACUCGACGAUUGGCGCCGAGCUCGUCGGACUCGGCGUCUCGCUCGCGCUCUAUGGCGCGACGACUGGCCAGCUGUUCUGGUACUUUCGGAAGCUCGACGGGUUGAGCCUGAGGAAGUGGAUGGUCUACUACGUCGUGGCGUUAUGGUUGUUGGGAACCGCGCAUGUUAUGCUCUGCUGUUACCUGCUGAGCAGAUACGUCGUCAUCGGAAGGGGUGACCUUGUCGCCAUCUUUGGCUCCACGAAGAUUUACGCGGCAAGUGCGACGACGUCGGUCGUCAGCAGCUGCAUGGUCCGGUUUGGAUACUUCUACAGAAUCUGGAAAUUCAACCGCAGGCGAUAUCUCACCUUGAUAAUUCCGGUUCGUACCUGCGUUUUUUCACCAUGGAUAUGGAUGAUGUAUAACUUGUGGCUCUCUUAG